CAUAGCAGUUAUGUUUACUUACAUUCUUGCUGCUUUUUUGUUGAAAAAUAUUCAGUUGUUUAUAGUUAAGAGUUCCAUAUUACAUUGUUUACUUAUUCCGUGUAUAGAUGAAAGACGAUAGACAGACCUGCAUUCGCCUUUGUUCUGCAAAUAUCAACAAAUACGAGGCUUUAUCCUAAAAUGGCCUCCAAUUUCAACGUAAACGAUCACUCCUGGCCCAAAUUGGGCGUCUCGUCCACAAGCAAAUCAAUUGUGAGGACACCUGCCCAAGAUCGUAUGUCCAGACUACGGAAAGUGCUAGCCGACACCCAGAAGCAAACGCAAAUUAAGAGCAAGGAAAUCAUACAAUCUGCGAAGUCCAGCGGUAUAGCGUCGACGAGCCUGAUGGCUGAUGGAAGAUGGAACUUAUCUGGUCGUCCGAGGAGGUCUGUGCAGGAACGGCUGAUCAGGGCAAGGAACGCUGCCCCCGCUACGAAAGUGAAUCUAUUGAAUGAACCAUCUGCAUUGAGAGUUGUCGCUUCUACUUCAAGAAUACCUAACAGUGAGAGGACGGCUUGCCCAUCUGACGGUGCAACACCUUUGGCGGAACGUUGCAGAACAACAUACAAAAAAGGAUUUUCCCUGCUCAGCUCGACAGUGCUGUGCGACUUAUUGUCUACAUCGGAAAACGUAAUGAAAAGUUCGGAUCCUGAUGACAAAUCUCAACAUACUCUGAAGGACAUAACACAGCCCACAAAUACAGAACUAAAGACUCGGAAACGAAAGUCAAAUAACGAAGAAAGUGAUACCAAAGGCAAAACAAAUAAAGCUUCUCCAAAAAGUGAACUUGGUAAUAUUAUCGAUGAAUUCUCAGAUAAAUCUGCGAGAAGUGAAAAAGUCAUUAACAAGAAAACACCUAAGAAGACCUUAAAAAGCGAACAUUUACAUCGCGCUCGAAAAUCAUUACAAAAACGUGUGGAAACUCUGCCUCCAGUUGAAAAAAUGGACGUGGAAGAAGACGAAUUUUCAACGAUUAUACCACCAACUACAAAUGACACUGAAACGUCCUCGUUCCCAAAUAACAUGAUGAUGACUCUAAUCCACAAAAUUAAAGAUGGUGUUUCCAAUGUGUUUUCAAAUGAAAUCAAUUUAAAAUCGACAUACCACCGAGUGACAAAAGAAGCCCAAUCUGAUAGGGAGGCGCUAAACCCGAGCAGCAUUUAUGUUAUUCCCGACACAAAUAUCUUUCUUCAACACUUGACCUUCAUCAAGGAUUUAUUAGAACGACCAAUCCAGAAUAAUACCGCCAUUAUCCUCUACGUACCUUAUGUUGUGAUAGAAGAACUUGAUAAAUUGAAAGGACAAAAAGAUAGAUCCAUAUCAACCCUAGCAAUGCGUGCCGUGAAAUACUUGAAUGAAAAGUUGGAAAAUCGCGAUAAAUCCAUUCGAGGCCAGACUGUUGUAGACUCCUUACGAGAAAUUAUACCUGUGAAAUUCGCAGAUGAUGGUAUCUUAAAUUGCUGCUUACAAUUAAAGGAAAAGAAAUUGCGGCCUCUUUUAUUAUCAAACGAUAUUAAUUUGAGGAAUAAGGCGCUAAUCAAUGACGUCAGGGCGCUUUCUAGUGCUGAUGUUGAAGUCGAUAAUAUUGGAAGGUUUCUAUAGUUGUAAAUAACGAACGUAUAUCUUCAAUUGUGAAAAUGUAAAUGUUAGUUAGGGUGGAAACUUAUUUUCUUUACAAAUAAAUUUUUUUUUUAUUUUUUUUGAA